GGAGGGACGCUUGUCGGAGCCCCAGCCGCGCGGGAUGCGGCUCCAGGCCAGCCCCUCGCCGGGCCCCGCCUGCCGCCCUCGCCUCUAAAGUGCCCCUCGCUCGCCUCCCGGCGCUGCGCUUGCCCUUGCCGCCGCUGUCUCCGCUGCGCGUCCGCCCGCCGCCGGUGCCAUGGAUGCCAAGGUCAUCGCCGUGCUGGCGCUCGUGCUGGCUGCGCUCUGUCUCAGCGACGGGAAACCAGUCAGCCUGAGCUACAGAUGUCCUUGCCGAUUCUUCGAGAGCCACAUUGCCAGAGGCAACAUCAAGCAUCUCAAAAUCCUCAACACCCCGAACUGUGCCCUUCAGAUCGUGGCAAGGCUGAAGAACAACAAUAGACAAGUGUGCAUUGACCCGAAAUUGAAGUGGAUUCAGGAAUACCUGGAGAAAGCUUUAAACAAGAGGUUCAAGAUGUGAGAGGCGCAGGUUGGGUCAGACGCCUGAGGAACCCUUUCAGUAGGAGCCCAGGUCUGAAACCAGUGUUAGGAAGGGCCUGCAGCCGCUCGCCUGAGCCCAGGCAGGGCUGAAUGCAUUCCCAAGGGCUUUGUUUUGCACAGUUUGCCUUACGUUCACCAUUUGAUUAUGUAGCAAAAUACAUGGUGUUAAUUUUUCAUUUAGUUUGAUUAUCCAAUGUCACUGGUGACAGAUAGGAACGUAGUCUAAAGCCAUUAUUUUACUAGCUUUACUUCAAUAUCUUUCCAUGGAGCCCCUGGUCACAGCAGAGGUUCCUGAGUUUUGUAUCUCUGAGCUGCGGAGGCUGGACCCUAGAUGGAGGGACCUCAGCCACAUCAUCAUAUCCUGGGACCAUCCAGGAGGUGUCAGGACCAAGCAGCAUGGGUAAGCGCUAGCAAAGGCUGCCCUGUGUGAGGGUUGGAGGGGGUUAGGUUCUAGAGGGCCAGGCAGGUGCCUCCCUUCCCUCAGAGUGGAGCCCGGAUCUGCCUCUUUGGUGGGAUCACAGGCCAUCCCUGAGCUGAGGCAGGCAGUGUGAGGCCAGGGUAGGGUGAGAUGUGCCCUCCAUCCCGAGCUCUCCUCUACAUCCCAUCACGUUCUUCUCAUCAUUCUCUCUCUCAUCCAUCAUCAUUGUCUCCAAGAUUGUCUCCAUGACCCUGGAAAAGGACUCUCUCAAGACCAAAGCUUUCAUUUAAACUGGGCACCAAGGAGCAGAUCAAAAUGUCUCGUGUUACCCAGUCCUGAAAACACUGUGCACGUUGUGUCUUGUUUGGAAUAUUGUCUAUUGUCCAAUCUUGUGUUUCUGUUCAAAGCCAGUGUCCCUGGUGCACACUGUCAGUUCCUCAUGUGCAAAGGCUGAAAGUGAGGAGAUGCCCCGCAGGGCCUGUGACCAGGUUUCCGAUGAUGGCGGUUACCUUUGGGGUGGAUGGCUGGUUUCCCUACUGAUCACAAACCCAUGGUGGAUCAACAGAGCCCAAGGGAAUUCGGUUAGCUGCAGUCCUGACCUCUGAGGGUGCCAACCCUUAGCGCUUCCAUAGUGGUUAAUAUAUCAGAACUAUAGAGAGCUGUUCUUCAUUGUGCCAAGCCCAGCAUUCUUUGUGGAAUAACGUGAUGAAAAGAAUUCUCAAUUUUUUCUUUGGUUUUGAAAACCCAAUCCAUAAAAUAAUCCUAGACCUGAAGAUGUCUUCACCAUUCAAAUCCACCCUCAUCUUUUCCAGCAUUUGGCAAUCCCUUCACCUUACCUUGCAACUGGCCCUGGGCCUUCUUGGCUGCUGCUCUUUCUGUGCUCCCAGGACAGCCAGCAGAGCAUUCCUUCCUCUUAGCAAAUGCUGGGAUACCUGGGAAAGUAAGUUAAAAAGCCCAACAUUUAGAUUGUUACCCUUUCCUGAGAGCAGUUUUUGGAGUUGCAUUAAGCAGUUUAAAAUUUUCACUUUUUGAAAACGUAGGAAGGCUCAGGCUCUGAGGGUUUUUUACUUGUUUUGUGGCUUUUCAUUUGGCCUCACUAAUACUUAAACCCUUUGGUUAAAUACUCCAGUAAAAUUUUUUAAAUUAAGAAAGUGGGGAAAAAGAAGGGUAAAAUAAGGGAAUUAUUAAUUGACAGGACACUGUAAAUAAUAUGCAAGAAGUGUAUUAGAGUCAAAUAAUCUUGAAUUGUAGAUGCUUUUAGGUUUAAUAAUCUUUGGAGUAUCAGUAACAUGUGUUAGGCAUUUCCAUAAAUACUCCUUUAAACAGGAUCUACAUGGUAGGUAGAAGGCCAGCCCAUCAAUCAAACAAAAAUUCACAUCCUCAAACCAGCUAUGUUCUAUUGAAAAAAUUGAGUAUGGGGGUCUUUAUUAGCUAUAAAGGAUAUAGAACUGGUUUUAAAACCCUGUUUUGAAAUUAACCUGUCUCUACAGGGCUCCUGAAUUAUAUGUGAAAUGAUUGAAUUUUCAGAGGUCUGGUCAUUUUUCAAGUAAUCCAAGAUAUUUAAAAAUCUCAUGGAUGAUUUGGAGGUAACUUCCUCUGGAAUCUGUGGACCAGAACCAUUAAAUCUCUUGCUCCAAGAAUGUAAAUGUGGCCCUAAAUCUUGAUUAUGUGGUUAAGUGAGGAAUCAUUUCCAUUUUCCUUUGUUGAGGGUAAAACACAUAAGAGUAGAAACUACAGGGAAAAUUAUUUGUGUAACAAUUCCUCUGUUUGUAAUCUGCUCCUAAAUGGAGACUAAGGAGCCACAGCAAAUAUGCAUUUAAAUAGUCUAUUUGCAAAGAAAAAGGCUCUCUUGACCCCCUCUUGCUUUCAAAAUACCAGUCAAGUGCAUCAGUUGGUUCAGGAUCUCCUGCCUGGCUGUCCCUCCAGGCCCAGCGCUGCACCGACCUGACUUUCCCUUGGGCUCCUGUGACCUCCAGGGAGGUACUCCACUCACUGCCAGCCCUUGGCACCAGGACCCCGCCAAGCUUACAGACGUUCUAAGUUUUAGAACCCGAAUCUGUGCCAUGUGUUGUCUGCGCUGUUCUUUGUCCCAUUCCAGCCAGGUGCCGAGACCCCAGCGAGGAGGCUCAGGAGUGCCCUCUGCUUGGCUGCCUGACCUCUAGAGAAAAGAGAUUAAACUUUUGGCUGAGGGCCAAAUAGUAAAAGGUUGCAAUCCCUGAAUGGGAAGUCCAGAGAACUUCUGCAUCUUUUCCUUGGAUCCAACUUGACCUUCUUUGACCACUGCCUGGUGCUGUCGCCAUGGGCUCCCACCCUGGGCAUUCAUCAUCUUUCCCAGGUGGCACACCCUUUUGCAGCUGGCUGGAAAUUGUGAGGUCCUGAUACCCCUAUACAUCUCCCUUGCCCCAUUCCAAGGGAGCCCCAUAUUCCAUGCAGUCAUUCAGCUGUGCCAGGGGGACCCCCAUGACGCUCCCUAGAGAAAUUCUUCAAGUGCCCUAAGCAGACCACUCACAUGCCAAGUUGAAAAGCCCCACAGGAAACUUGUUAUUCUGCAGCCUCGCUGGACUCUCAGUCUCUGAGCAGUGAGGGGUUCAGUGUUAAAUGUGAUAAAUACUGUAUUUUGUAUUGUUUAAUUUGCAUCUCCCACAUAAUGUGAAAAUGGUCCAGGAGAAGGCAGCUUCCUGUAUGCAGUGUGCUUUUUUUUUUUAACAAGUAACAACUCCUUUUUGAGAAACAACAAUUCCUACAUUGAAGUCAUAUUAAUGAAAGAUGUAUAUGCACUUAUAAUUUUCCUAAUAAAGACAUGUAUUCAAAUGUA